AUGACAAAAAGAAAAAGUUUCAUAAUUUUCUUUAUAUUCAUAGCAAUUAAUUUAUUAAAUUGUGAUAAGUCUCUACAACAGGAUGAUGAGGAGGAGUUAAUAAGUGCUAAUUCAACAAAGCAUGAUCAGAGAAUAGUGGUUGAAUUUACGACUAGUAUUGUACAACAUGAAUAUAUAAUUCAUUUUAAACAUUAUUAUAAGAAAGAUACGAGAAGGAACUUCAUCUCAUCGGCACUUGAUAAUCCAGAGAUCAAAAAUUGGACGAUAGUUCAAAGACAAAAUCCAGCAAGUGACUAUCCUAGUGAUUUCGAUGUAAUUGAUUUGUAUGAGAAAACACCAUUAACAGGAUUGGAACUGCUGAAAAAUCAUCCAUUGAUUAGGAGUGUUACACCGCAACGACUUGUCCAUCGAACACUUAAAUUUGUUGACACUGAACAAGAAUAUCCAACAAAUGAAGUUGUUAAAGAAAAGAAAACAGAAGAAGAAGAUGACAUAAUCAAUUACAUUUCAAAGCAUCUGAAACUUGACCCAAAAACGAUAAACAAUGACUGCUGUGUGCCUGAAUUUCAAAAUUUUCGGCGAGGCCUUUCAUCCUCAACAGACACAACACAGCAACAACAAUCGUUGGUUGGAAAUUCUAAUGCCCAUUCAAAUAGACGACUUUUGAGGGCAGUUCCAAGACAAAUAACCAGUACUUUAAAGGCUGAUGUUUUAUGGACAAUGGGAAUAACAGGAAAGGGAGUUAAUGUAGCAGUUUUCGAUACCGGAUUAAGUAAAUCACAUCCACACUUUAAGAAAAUUAAGGAACGAACGAAUUGGACGAAUGAAAAGUCACUAAAUGAUGGAAUUUCUCACGGCACUUUUGUAUCUGGAAUUAUUGGAUCGUCAAAAGAAUGUUUAGGUUUUGCACCAGACGCUGACCUUCACAUUUAUCGUGUUUUUACCAGCAAUCAAGUUUCGUAUACGUCAUGGUUUCUCGAUGCAUUUAACUAUGCAAUAUUAAAGAAGAUUAAUGUUAUUAAUUUAAGUAUCGGUGGUCCAGACUUUAUGGAUCGUCCAUUUGUCGAUAAAGUACAAGAAUUAUCAGCUAACAAAGUUAUCAUGGUAUCUGCAAUUGGAAAUGAUGGACCGCUUUAUGGAACUUUAAACAAUCCUGGAGAUCAGCUGGAUGUGAUUGGUGUCGGUGGAAUGAAUUUUGAGGAGAAAAUUGCUAAAUUCUCAUCACGUGGAAUGACAACUUGGGAGCUGCCUCUCGGAUAUGGUCGUUUAAAGCCAGAUAUUGUAACUUACGGUGCACAGGUGAAAGGAUCAAAUUUGAAAGGUGGAUGCAGAUCAUUAUCUGGAACUAGUGUAGCUAGUCCCGUUGUUGCUGGUGCUGUUACUUUAAUCAUUUCUGGAGCUCUCAAACGCAUGGAUUAUAUUAAUCCAUCGUCGGUAAAGCAGGCUCUUAUUGAAGGAGCAACACGACUAAACGACAAUAAUAUGUUUGAGCAAGGUCAUGGCAAAUUAAAUAUCUUGAAAUCCAUUAAAAUAUUAUCAGAAUAUCAGCCACGAAUUACGUUAUCGCCAACACAUUUAGACAUGACAGACGAUUACAUGUUUCCAUAUAGUUCACAACCAAUUUAUUACACAAUGCAGCCAAUUAUUGUGAAUGUAACGAUCCUUAAUGGAAUUUCGGUAACAGGACAUAUAACGGAAGCUCAAUGGUAUCCUUACAUGAAUGAAAAUGGAAAUAUGCUGAAUGUAUCAAUUUCAUACAGUGAAAUUUUAUGGCCUUGGAGUGGAUGGAUGAGUAUACACAUUGUAGUCAAUGAAUAUGGACAGCAUUUUGAAGCACAAGCACUUGGUCAUGUGUCAGUGACAGUUGAAACGCCAUCACCAAAAGAUUCAAGUGAAAAAAUCAAUUCUACAGUUACUUUUUCCAUUCGAUGUAAAAUAAUUCCAAAACCACCCAAACAGAAACGAAUUCUUUGGGAUCAAUAUCAUAAUCUUCGAUAUCCACCAGGAUACUUGCCAAGAGAUUCACUGAAAAUAAAACAAGAUCCUUUAGAUUGGCGUGGAGAUCAUAUUCAUACAAAUUUUAAGGAUAUGUAUACACAUUUGAGGUCUUCCGGAUAUUAUAUUGAGGUUCUCGGUGAGCCUUUUACAUGCUUUAAUGCUUCAAAUUAUGGAACUUUAUUAAUGGUCGAUCCUGAAGAGGAAUAUUUUGAAGCAGAAAUUGAAAAGCUUUAUGAUGACGUUAUGAAUAAAAAUCUUAGUGUAAUCAUUUUUGCUGAUUGGUACAACACAACAGUAAUGAAGCACAUGAAGUUCUAUGAUCAAAAUACUAGACAAUGGUGGGUUCCAGAUACAGGAGGUGCAAAUAUUCCAGCUUUAAAUGAAUUACUAAAUGUUUUUGGUAUAGAAUUCGGUGAUAAGGUGCUUGAAGGCUAUUUUAAAAUGGGAGAACAUCAUGAUAUGUACUAUGCAAGUGGAACGAGUAUCGUAAAAUUCCCAAAAACAAAUCAAACGGUGCUGAUUGAACGAGAUUUAGUUGAUCAAGGUUCUGAGAUCUUGAAACAUCCACAAAACGGAAGUCAACAAAAAGAUUUGCCUGAAAUUGAUCUGAAAAAUGUAAGAUUAAAGUAUAAAGAAGUUAUUUUGGGCAUGCUACAGACAAUUGCAGCAUCAAAUGGUAAAAAAGGUGGAAGAAUCGCCGUUUAUGGCGACAGUAAUUGCCUUGACUCAACUCAUAUGGAGAAAGCUUGUUUUUGGCUCUUGGAUGCGUUAUUGGAAUAUUCGAUGACGAGUCAUAUAAGCGGGCUGUUAAAAAGUAUGAAUCGAGUGCAAUAUAUAGAUUUUUCAGACAAGACAAAACCUCAGAGAUUAUUACACAAUAAUUUGCACUCUUACUCAAAAAUCUUGAGUCCUAAUGAUCGUGACUUGAAGCGACCCGUUCAAAAAUGUCAAAAAAUAAUGUGGGAAUUUCCAUAUUACUUAAACAUCACAAGAUCGUACAUCAAUGAAGCAGAUCGUAUCGAAAGUAAUAUGAUUUAA